AUGGAAUACACCAGCAAGACCCAGAUCUACCAGAAGGUGAAGAAACCCCUGCUGGAACGCCAGCGACGGGCCCGCAUCAACAAGUGCCUGGACAACCUGAAGACACUUGUCGCCGAGCUCCGUGGCGACGAUGGCAUCCUGCGCAUGGACAAGGCCGAGAUGCUCGAGUCGGCGGUGAUCUUUAUGCGCCAGCAAAAGACCCAGAAGAAGGCUGUGGAGGAGCUGCCCCUGGAUGGCUUCAAGAAUGGCUACAUGAAUGCCGUCAAUGAGGUGUCACGCGUCAUGGCCUCCACACCUGGCAUGAGCGUCGACCUGGGCAAAUCGGUGAUGACUCACCUUGGCCGCAUCUACAAAAACCUGCAGCAGUUCCACGAGGCCCAGACCACCACCACCACCACCACCGAUGACCUUCACAUCCCGAUGGACUGCUCCGCACCCCUCAGCCCCGCCUCAUCCGGUUAUCACAGCGACUGCGACAGCCCCGCCCCCUCACCACUACCCCUGGAAGCCGAGAAACUAUGGCGCCCCUGGUAA